AUGGAACACAAUGAGUAUCCUCCUAGCCUCACUAGCCGAAGCACGUCUUUCGUCCCCUCCGAUCAACAAUCCGACAGCAGAAUCAUCCUAGACGAGAAGAAGUUACCUCCAGUUGACGGAGGUGCUCAAGCAUGGCUGUUUCUCAUAGCUUCUUCGAUGCUUGAGGCUCUAGUUUGGGGUUAUGCAUUUGCGUUUGGUAUAUUUGAAGACUACUAUAGCACGCACGAGCCAUUCAAAGGAUCGGGAAACAUUGCUAGUAUUGGAACUUGUGCGAUGGGCAUCGCAUAUCUUCUAGCCCCACUAGCUAUCAUUUUGAUGAUCUUAGUUCCCAAGGUUGCCCGUUGGGUGUCGACAAUUGGAGUGGUCAUCAUGUGCUUCUCUCUAGCAAUGAGCUCCUUUUCCUCCAACGUCACUCACCUUCUGUUGUCCCAGGGAAUUGGAUUUGGCGUCGGUGGAUGCUUGGCAUAUACACCGACCAUUCUCUUCAUGUCAGAGUGGUUUGCUAAACGGAAAGGUCUUGCUUUUGGAGUCGUCUGGGCCGGGUCCGGUAUAUCAGGCAUCAUCUUUCCCUUGGCUAUCCAAUGGCUUCUAGGGCAGUAUGGCAUUGAAGCAACACUCCGAAUCUCGUCGGUGACAUUGUUCAUCCUCGCCGUACCGUUUCUUUACUUCCACCGACCUCGCUUGCAGACGACAGAGAUCGCGUACCACAGGCUCAACUUUCGGUUUCUAUACGAUAAAGUUUUCGUCAUCUAUCAGCUCGGAAACACAUUGGAAGCAAUUGGCUUUUUCCUACCCACUAUAUAUCUUCCGACAUAUGCACGCAGUCUAGGUGCCAAUGAUUUUAUGGCAUCCUUGACGGUUACUUUGGUCAACUUAACCACAGUGUUCGGGUCCGUCCUCAUGGGAUUCCUCUCUGACCGGUAUCAUAUCACAACCUGUAUUUUGAUGUCCACCAUUGGCACUGUUCUUACCGUAUUCUUUGUGUGGGGAUUUGCCACUUCCAUUCCGCCUCUUUACAUUUUCUGUGUUGCGUAUGGUCUUUUGGCGGGUGGGUUUUCUUCUACAUGGGCUGGAGUCUCUAACGAGGUUCAAAAGGCCAAUCCCCUCGCAGAUGCAACUGUUAUCUUCCCAUUCAUGGAAACAGGUCGGGGAAUCGGCAAUGUGGUCAGUGGGCCUUUGAGUGAAGCAUUGCUCAAGGUGGACCCCUGGAAAGGACGUGCGGCGGGUGCGUAUGGAAGUGGCUAUGGCUCACUUGUGAUUUGCACGGGCGCAACCGCUUUGAUGGGUGGAAUAUGUGUGGUGGCGCGGCAUUUCAAGUGGAUAUAA